GCGGACUGUGUCGUUGACAGAGUUGUUAUUCACUGUUGAAGCGUUGUUUAUUUAUAAUAAUUUGAACAACAUAUGAUUAUAUCGUCCAAGAUCAUAUCGAGAUGGAACCGCAAGAUAUUUAUUAUAACAAAGCCGAAUAUGUUGAAACGGCUUCAGGAAAUAAGGUGAGCAGAUUGACAGUACUAUGCGGCUCGCAAAACAUUGUAUUACACGGAAAAGUGAUAGUACAAUCUGAUGCUAUCAUUAGGGGUGAUCUGGCCAAUGUCAGGACUGGUCGCUAUUGCAUAAUUAGCAAGAAUGCAGUCAUCCGACCACCUUUCAAAAAAUUCAGCAGAGGGGUUGCCUUUUUUCCUUUAACAAUGGGAAACCAUGUGUUUGUGGGAGAGCGAGCCAUUGUAAAUGCAGCACUAGUCGGUUCUUACGUUUACAUAGGGAAGAAUGCCAUAAUCGGCAGGCGAUCGGUCUUAAAGGACUGUUGCUACAUCGAAGAUGGUGCAGUCGUGCCACCUGAGACUAUUGUGCCAUCCUUCACUCGUUUCGCUGGCAGUCCGGCAACAUGUGUCGAAGAGCUGCCCGAGUGCACGCUGGAUCUCAUGGUAGACUUCACGAAGAAUUAUUACGAGCACUUCUUACCGGCGCGAGUUUAAUCGCUUGUUCAGCGAUACACGUAUGGUAGUAAAAAAAUUUGUUCUUUUCAACCUAUGAUGCACAUAGGAUCAUUAAGGAAAAGAUCUAUUUAUUACAAAUAUAUAUUUUGCACAUUUACUUAUAAUAAUUUGAAAAGCAUAUGAUUAUAUCGUCUAAAGUUAUAUCGAGAUGGAAAUGCAGGAUAUAUAAGUAUUUAUAAGUAAUUUAUUUCACGAUAUCAUGUUACAUAGAAAAUGUUAAAAUAAUCUUCCCUUUAAAUUAUAUAUAUAGUUUCUAAAGAAACAACUUUUUAUACACUGCAUUAGUGCUCAUUUAAAGGAUCGGUUCAUGAUCUGCUGUUGGUGCAAAGAUAUGGAAGCAUUUAAAAAGUGAGAAGAAAUAAAAUUUCUUAUAAAAUCACUUUUAAAAUCUUCUUAUAAAAUUAAUUUAGUAUAUAAUAAGUAACAAAUGUCUUAUAUAACAAAUGGUUCUGUGGUUUUUUUUAUAAAUAUACAUUUCUGCUGGCAUUUAAUCAGAGUAAAUGAUUUUUACAUCCGAUAUUUCUUAUGUCGCAUAUACAUUUUGUCUAUAAAAAAAGUGUAACAAUAACAUAUUCGAAGACAAAUAAUGAAAUUUCUAC